UGUCGCCGCCCUUUGAUAAUGCAGCAUGGGCGAAAAUACCAGACCCAAGAGCUACAGCUGAGGAAGCAGAUCCCUGUACUGUCAACGUUUUCACGCGUUUGAACAGAAAGGUGAGCGAACUAAACGCCUUUCGGACGUACGUAAUAUAUGUCAGCAUAUAUAUCCGAGAUUAUGUAGUCUAACAAGCAGGCGGGAUGCGGCUGCUGGGGGUUUGUUAGCCACCCGGACGCUGAGGUGCUAACCCACAUUGCAAGGCUAUCGGCUCGCCACGUUAAGUUAGCUCGAUGGCUAAUUUGCUGCUGCUACUGUCAAGCGUGAAAAAAGACCGCAAACGACACAACGAGCAGCAUCGCCAUUGCCUCGCUACACACAUACCCAUUAAACAUAGAGGGAUACACACGUGUACGUUGUUGACGAUGUUUUGUCUCCAAACUUGACACCGUCCAAGUUGACAUUACCGUUAGCUGUGGUCGAUGUUAGCAACCUAGCAUUUGAGCUAUGAUGAGUGGCCCUAAGAGUUGACUUCGGCUGGUGUGCAGAGGCUGCCCGGCUAGUGGAGUGGAGAUAACGAGAACUGCGACCCGGGGAAACUGUAACUCCUCCGCGUGGGACAGUAAAGUAACGAUAGUUGUCUAAUAAAGCAACAACAAUAGAAGGAUUUUUUUUUUUAGAAGUGACAGAAAUAGCUGUGCUGCCUUCAGGUGCUUCCUAUAAAAUCCAUCGUUUGCCGUUUUUUAGUCCACGAGUGGGUACAGCUCAAAUCACUGCUCCUUGGUUAUUACUGUAUAUAAAUACAUUUUUUUGCAUGCUGGUCGUUGUCAUUUAAACACGACCGUGUCCAGCAGCUGUAUCUGUGUCAGCAACACAAUUGCGUUGAUUACAUAAUUUGCCAAAAGAACACUUUUCUAAAAGAUGACAUCUUCUAAUUGUAUUUUCUGUGCAGCAGUCUGAAAACCCCCCAAACCAUUUAGUUCACUAGCAUAAGACGACAAAUGACAAUGGUUCAAAAUAGAGAAAAGCAACACAUCCUCACAUUUGUGAAGCUGGAACUAGUUUUCAUUUUCACCGGUUAGCUAAAUAGUUAAUGAUUUAGUUUUCAGUUGAUCAACUAAUCAAGGAGCUGACUAAUCGUUUCAGCCCUAUUCACUUUGUUGUUGUUCUGCCCACGUGGCUCUUUUAUUGAUAGAUGUUGGCUCUAUUAGAGAGGUUGAUCUGAAGCAUUUAAAAAAAUGUAUAAGACAGAUGAUAAAUUGUUAAUGUUGCUCUACCACUGUGGUUGCUGCAACACAGCAUUCCGUUGACAAGAUGACGUCUAAUUAAGGAGUGUUUUUAAGUCUUUUUCUGGUCUAUAAGUUUAGUCACAGUCGGACAUGUUGACUCCACUUUGUUUCUAUGUAUUGGUUCUAAUAUGCGGCGCUAUUAACCGCAGAAUAAUGGCAGUUUGGCCUGUGAUUGCAUUAUCAGAUUAAAGAAAACAUUGACAACUCCACUGAUGAAAAUAAGCAUGCCAGUGUGAGGAGUACUUCCAAAAUACGAGAUAAGCAGAACAGGCCUGUAGUCAUUAGAGGACAUAAAAGAGACUUAUUGUCGUGUUCAUAUUGAGAGGUCAUUACAUAUUUAACACACAGCUAUUGCUUGAAAUAGUUUAACUAGAGAGCAUGGAUGUACCUGAAUGCAACACUCUUAAUUAAAAUGACUAUUUUAUGGAGUUAUGAUCAUUUGAGGUCCCCCAAAAAAUGUUUAAACCAUCCACGUCUGAAGGUGACAUCUUUUGGGAUUCCUUAUGCGAAGUAUCUGCUCUCAGAUCUCCCUCCAGACAUCAGCACACCUCAACUAAUAUCCACGCACAGCUAUCACUGCUGAUGAAUGGCUCAUAUCACCUCUCAACACAAAAAUGUCCCUUUCAUGACGGGAUUACAAAUGCAAACAUAAACAUUACAAAGUUUCUGUGUGCUACAUACGAAUGAAACGGCUAAAUGCCAUAAUAAUCGAAUUAAACACCUGUGUUGUGGUUAACGUAUCGAUGUUGCUGACUGGUCUUGCGGUUGCAUCGCUGCAGUUGCCCGUGUCCCCGUGGGGUUCCGGCGUUUUUUUUUUUAGCUGUAUCAGGAUCAGCAGCACAUGGAGGUCAGUGUGCCCUUGUGCCCAUACAAUGCAUGUUCAGCCCUCCUUCCCUCCUCAUGACGUCACCGCCCACUCUGAUGAGCACCGCUCUCCUGGCGCUCUGUGCCUUUCGGUGUUUUUUUUUAGUGUCGUACUACUGUAACAUCUUCGUGAUGUAAUGCUUUCACCUUUUUAGGGUGGUUUGUUGUGUUUGGGAAGCGUCUCGGAGGCUGAGUGAUUCAUUCGCUCUGUCAGCGUGGAGCAUAUUGUGCCGGCCCGCUGCCUUUUUUUUGUAGAAAGUAGCGCAUCAGUAGUCCUUCAAUGGGCUGACUCUGGCAGAUGGUUGUUGUUGUUAUCUACGCGGACAUGGUCCUUCUGGUUCACUCAGCUGCCCUGUAUUUAAAGAGACGGCAGACAACCAAUGCAAAUGUUUAACCCUUUUUCUUUUUUUUUUUUUUAAAUCUCUCAUAUCAACGAUAGUCCAGAUGACAACAUUUGAUGAUACACCGCUUUACUGAAGAGACGCAUCGAUGCAAUCAAGAUAAAGGAUAAGAAUUAGUUCUGGCGUUUGACAGCAACUGUUGGUGCCUCAUGUGCUCUAAUGCUUGUCCUCUCAUCUCAUACACUCGCAGGCGCCCUGUGUUACCAGUGCCUGCUGUCAUUCAUAACUGUGGGAACAGCUGCCAAGACCCAGUUGGCACCUCGGAUGCACACAAUCCUUAUCUCUCUCUCUCUCUCUCUCUCUCUCUCUCUCUCUCUCUCUCUCUCUCGUGGAGCCACGUCAGGAUGUGUGGCCUUGAGAGGGCCUCAUUGAGCACUUAUGUGAUUAUCUGAGAGAUAAAUUCAACGUUUUCUGUUGAUUAACUGCCAUGGUGACAGAUUGAAGUCACACCACUCACCCUGUAAUAGAUAAAAGGCAGUGUACCUAAUAGGUUGUACCUAAUAAUAAGAUGAUGAUUGGUCUCUUUGGGGUAAUGAGCGUGAGUUUUGUGUAGCUUCCUGUGGGCCCAGUGAAGCGGCCCCGUUAAACAAUUUACGACACUGACGCUCAAUCCAACUUUCCCUGCAGUGAUGUUCCAACAAUGCCGAUUGUGGAUAAACUCAAAGAGGCGUUAAAACCUGGCCGAAAGGACACGGGUGAUGAGGGGGACCUCAACAAGCUGUUGGCUUCCUCUGCCAAGAAGGUCCUCCUGCAGAAGAUAGAGUUCGAGCCGGCCAGCAAGGGUUUCUCCUACCAACUGGACAGCCUGAAGAAUAAGUAUGUGAUCCUCAAUCCCAGGAACGAGGGCGCUACGGGCCAGAGGGCCACUGAGCCGGCCCAGAUAAAGAGGCAAGUUUCAGAGAACACAGUCGGCGGCCAGUGCGAUGGGGUCCCCGCGCCGCAGAAGUUGCUCUUUCCAGGGAGCAAGCUCGCGCUUAAAUGGGACCGUGUGUACAGGGUGGGAGCCGGUCUCCACAACCUUGGGAACACCUGCUUCCUCAACUCCACCGUGCAGUGUCUCACCUACACCCCACCCCUCGCCAACUACUUGCUGUCAAAGGAGCACAGCCGUGCCUGUCACCAGUCGGGCUUCUGUAUGAUCUGUAUAAUGCAGAACCAUAUCAUCCAAGCCUUUGCCAACACGGGCAACGCCAUCAAGCCUGUCUCCUUCAUCAGAGACCUGAAAAAAAUUGCCAGACAUUUUCGCUUUGGAAGCCAAGAGGACGCCCAUGAAUUUUUGCGGUACACCAUCGAUGCCAUGCAGAAAGCCUGUCUCAAUGGCUACCCUAAGCUCGACAGGCAGACCCAGGCCACAACGCUGGUUCACCAGAUCUUUGGAGGCUACCUCAGGUCCAGAGUGAAGUGCUCUAUUUGUAAAAGUGUGUCAGACACAUAUGACCCUUACCUGGACAUCGCUUUGGAGAUUCGACAAGCAGCAAACAUUGUGCGAGCCCUGGAACUGUUUGUUAAACCAGACGUGCUUUGUGGAGAGAAUGCCUACAUGUGUGCCAAGUGCAAAAAGAAAGUGCCAGCGACCAAGCGCUUCACAGUCCAUCGAACGUCUAACGUACUGACUCUUUCGCUCAAGAGGUUCGCCAACUUCAGCGGAGGAAAGAUAACAAAGGAUGUUGGUUACCCAGAGUUCCUGAACAUCCGCCCCUACAUGUCGCAGAGCUCAGGCGAUCCCGUUAUGUACGGCCUCUACGCUGUUCUGGUCCACUCUGGCUACAGCUGUCAUGCUGGCCACUACUACUGCUACGUCAAGGCGAGCAACGGCCAGUGGUACCAAAUGAACGAUUCGAUGGUGCACUCCAGUAACAUCAAAGUGGUCUUGAACCAGCAGGCGUACGUGCUUUUCUACCUGAGGAUCCCCGAGAGCAGGAAGAACGCAGACGGACAGACGACCAAGCAGGCGAUGUUGCAUCCUGGGAAGAACAGUGUGUCGUCUGAGCAGAUAAGGAGGGCCAACCUGAACGGGCCUCUGUCCUCCCCGCAGAUCACGAAGGUUUUACACAAGAUGGCGUCCUGCUCACUGGUGGACACGUGUACUAGAAUAUGGGCAUGUUCUGAUUACAACACGACUCUUUUUCAGAAACUGGAGCCUGCACAGCUGCGUAAGAUCCAGUCCAUGGACAGUGGUUUGGGUCUGCCCAUUUCCAGGAACGGUGUGAGCUCUCAGCCACAGCCCAGACUGUCCAACUGGAUGCCGUCCUCCAAUGGGCCCCCAAAGCAGCCGGGUGGGCCCACGGUUAUCGAGGAGCCUUUCAAGAAGCUGAAGAAGCCGUCUCCCCAGAGCCAAGUGCAGUCCCGCAGCAUCACCCCGACCCCUUCCAACAACGGGCUCAGCCGGGCUGAGGGAGAUAAAAAGCAAGGCGGCGAGGGCAGGGGCAUGUCGGCGUCUACCUCAUUUAAGUCUUUGUCUGACUCCUCCUCUGCUGACAACUCCGACUCAAAGGACUCCGUGGGUACCAGAAGUGCGCCGGUCGGAGAGACUCCCUCCACCCCGCGGAAAGGCUCGCAUGGCCCGGCGUCUCCAGCCAAGAGCGUGGAGCGCUCUCAGAGCACGGAGGAGCAGAGGACGGCGAAAAUCAAAACCCCGGCUCUCAACAACAUCGCGUCGGAAGCCACCAGCACCAUGUCGCCGCCACCUGCCAAGAAGCUGGCCCUGUCAGCCAAGAAGGCUCGCAGCCGGAGACCGAGCAGCAUUGAUGCUCCGCCCUCUUCGCCACGCCAGCUGUCCAGUGACCCCACGCAUCAAAAUCAACUUAACCCCUUCACCUUCGCCUCACCUUCUCACACUCACAGAGCUGGUCCAUUCCAUUCACCUAAAGUCCAGUCAUCGCCUUUUGCCCACUUUAGUGGAUCCUUCAAACAGCAGAGCCCUCAGAAACAGUCCCUUCCCUCCACACUGCAGAAACCAAACGCCAGCCUUUCUCUUAAAACCAACGGGCUUCACAGCCCAAAGAGCCCCAAGUCUUCCAACGGCCUCGGCUCCUUGGCCCAAGAACCAGACCUCAACGGCACUCCGGCUCAAAAGGUCAACCAAAAGAAGAAGAAGAAGAAGAAGCGGCGGCAUUCUGAGGUGGAGGGCGACGCAGAGCCAGUGGCCUCCCCGGCUACAGUGCCGCAGAACGACCCUGUGGAGUCAGCCGGUGAGAAGAAGCGCAAGAAGAAGAAGAAAAAGCGAAAGAAGGAGCACGGAGAGGCGGUUAAGGAAAGGGAGUGCGUGCCGUCUCACCUGGACACGUCGAACCAGGAAGAGGAUUGGUGUCAGGGCGGCAUGUGGAGUCUCACGUCCCAUCCGGAUACAGAACAGUCGAAGCAAACGCCUCAGCCAGCUGCCACGACCCCGACGCAGUGCGAGUCGAAUCACAAAGAACAGGGAAGGAAAGCUGUGAAGUUGAAGAAGAAGAAAAAGCAGAUGGUGGAGGCUCUGCGGGUGACGUCGGCAUGCUCUGCACCAGAGAGCACUUCUGAGCUGAAGGUUGCGGUCGUUCAGAAUGAUACGGGGGAUUUGGUAACAUUGAAAAAGAAAUUAAAGGUGAAGAAGAAGAAGAGGAAGAAGAGGCUAAAAGAAGAGGUUGGACUGUGGGAGGAGAGCCGGCGAUGCUCGGACGGGCAGAACGACGAGCCCGACACAGCGGAGCCCCCUUCCAAAAAGAACGCCACGGAGAACGGCGAAACAAGUAAACCCACGGUGAUAGUUUGGGACAGGCACGUAAAGGACGGCUACAAACGCAGCCAGGUGCCGGCGGCUGAUGGGAGUGAAGUAGGAGACACCCCGACCCGAGCUGCUCCGGUAGCCUGGGACGGGAAAAAGACGAGCGGGGUGGUGGAGGAGCUGCUCAAGAACGCCACAGAUAAGGCCUACGGCGCCAACGUCCUCAGUUGGGAUGGAGAGGUCUCUGCUAUCAGUAGAGAUGCAGCUGAAGACGUCCGCCACGCCAAGUGUGACACUGUGAUCGACGAGUGGGAUGAAGACUUUGACAGGGGAAAGGUAAAGAAAAUGAAAAACUAUAAGAAGGAGAAGUGGAGAAGUGGCGGCAGCAUCUUCCAGAAGGUCCAGGACCGGCGGAGCAAGUGGUCUGUAACACCUGGAGGAAAGAGGGGCUUCGGAGUCCGCCGAUGAGAAUCCAGAUUGCUGUUGAGGUUGUGCUGAUUUGGAAAUAGAGACAACAAUACUGUAUACCAAAUGUUUGUACCUUUUUUUUUUUUUUUUUUUUUUCUCUCUCCUUUUAGUUUUAUUUCUCCGUCUUGUCGAGUCCCAAAUUCCUGAAUACGAUACAAGUUCAAAAGCAGCACGUUGACAGUCGGACAGCCCCUUUUAUCUCAAUUUGAAACAAACAUGAAACUUUUUCUUCCGGCUUCAGUGUUCCCGUUAAUCCGAACACCAGAGGAGACGGCUCGAGCUUCUCUACGCAUGCAAUAUUUAACUGAAACCCCCAUGUCAAAUGAAUAUACGUUGGCAGCCUUGGUUAUUGCCCCAACGAUCUUGAGCUAUGAAGUGAUAUACAGUGAACCAUUUAUGGGUGGGCUAAUAAUGAGAAAGUAUAUCUGCAAUAUCUUCGACUGUCUUGUAUUUGAAACUGUACACAAUCUCAGAGCAGACUUCUGCAGACUUAAGGGCUCAGUUAAUUUGACAUUUUACAAAACUUUUUUUUUAACCUUCUCCUGAAAUGAUUCUACACCAAAUUACAAAGAAAAAAAAAAUCAUUUAAUCAUUAGAACAUAUGUUAUUUUAGAUUACUGAUUUUCCUAUUUUAUACCUUUAUCGGCUAUGUUUUUAUUUUGCUGCAGUGUCUGUGCCACGUGGCUUGUUUUUAAAUUUUACCUUCAUAUUGUUGGUAGAAUUAAGCUUUAAAAUGCCACUUUUCUUUCUAAAGAUGCAUGUCUAAAUUGGUUAAAAAAUAUGACUUUGAGUUUUGUUUUUAUUUUUGCUUUCUUUUAGUUACGACCCUUUUUGCGCCUGAACAAAUUCAGUUAAUUUCACAUUUUAGACCGCAAAAGAAUGCUCUGCCGAAUUGUAUUGUCUGUGCAAGUGUUGACAUCGAACACAAUGGACGUUUCUCUCUGUUUACCUGGAAGUUAAUGUUCGUAGUGCAUCGUGCACCGCUGGGGUUGUUGGGAGAAACUCUCGACGGGAGCGCUUGUUUUCUACUGUGCAGCUAUUUGAUAAUGUAGCUCGCCUCCUCGGUCCAGCGUUCAGAAGCUCUGUGUGGAGAUUUGACCGUUCACAAACUGUUCCUCGUCAAUGUACUGAAAUAGAGGGGUUACAUUUUAUACUUCAGGGCACUGUGUUGGGAUGGGACUGCCACAAUGCCAAUCAUUCCCCCCCCCCCAUGUAUCUUAUAUCUCUAUGCAAUUUUGUGAUGCUCAUGCUGGUCACCUAGAAACUGGGCUAAGACUCAGGAACCCAGGCAUCCUGUAUCCCAUCUUCAUCAACGAUCAGACCCCCCCCCCCCUGUUUCAUAUCAGAAAGUAGUCCCUUCUCCCAGGACCGACAUUUUGCAUCCUGUACAUCCUGUAGAAACUUUUUUAUACAAAAGCAUUUCGGGUGCGGACACCAUGGGAUCAUCCUGCACCAGUCCGGGCACAGAUGCGUAGAGAAACUAAUGUUAUGACAAAAUGCUUUGCCAGCGUAGAAGCCUGUACAGUCCAUCUUGUGCUACCCGUUCCCCCCCCUCCAGCGCUGUAAAGAUGUGCCCACGCAUUUCUUUUCAUUCUAGAGAUGUUGCCUUGAAUUGGCUAUUAAACAAAAACAAGUCUAGGAUUUAAUGUUAUAAAUAUAUAAUUUAAAGAACUGAUCUUUAAUGUGCUACUAAUACUCGGAUCAGUUGGUGGAUGUUAACUUGAGAAUUAAUCUGCAAAUGUGUUCGAUCACUUGUUUGUAAGAGAGUGUUCUGUCUCCGUGCAGGAGCUUCCCUACGUCACCGUAGUGUGUACAGUACCGGAGGGACUGGGGCCGUCUAAUUUCCAUAGAACGUGUUUUGUGAGGCUGUGAAAUCUGACAUCUGACUCUCAAAACCUGACGACGUAGAGGAACAUUUAUCGGUGUGAAUGGACGGUUCACGUUUGCAUUGAUGGCUCUACAUUUUUUUGCACCACCUUUUCUGACCAGGGAAGGGAUCUUUCAUAAUGAAAGUGGCUCUUACCACUCUAUAGUUGACUAUAAAGGUGCAAUAAAGUUGUGACUUUUGUGA